ACACAACAAGCAGCUGGAGCAGCUGACCAACGGCGUUGGGCUCGCCCAUCACAGUCGGGCCAAGCGCAGUACGGCACACAUCGCCAACAACGAGUACACGAUCGAGGUCCUGGUCGCCGUCGACAAGAAGAUGCAGGAGUACCACCGGGAUACGCUCAAGUCGUACGUGCUGACGCUGAUGUCGAUCGUCUCCAGCAUUUACGCCGAUGCCAGCAUUGGGAAUUCAAUUAAGAUAGCCGUGGUGCAUAUUCUGUACCUCCACCAGGAUCUGGCCGCCAGCAGCAAGCUCGAUCAAAACGGCAGCAAAGGCGUUUCCGCGUCCGAGAUGCUGCAGGCGUUCUGCAAGUUGAAGGCGGCCUCCAACUUCCACCACGAUACGGCGUUUCUGCUGACGCGGGAGCAAAUCUGCCGCCACCAGUCCAAGUGUGACACGUUGGGGCUGGCCGAGCUCGGAACCAUGUGCAAGCGGUCCUCGUGUGCGAUCGUCCAGGACAACGGGCUGUCGGCGGCGUUCACGAUCGCGCACGAGCUGGGACACGUACUCAGCAUGCCCCACGACGACGACGUCCGAUGCAUCCCGUUCCGGGGUGAAGGCAGCGGCAAGCAGAACAUCAUGUCCCGAAUGCUGGACCAGAACACCCAUCCGUGGUCGUGGUCCAACUGUUCGCGGAACUUCGUCACCGAGUACCUGGAACAAAACCACGCCGCCUGCAUGCUGGACAAACCGACAACGGACCUGAUCGAACCGUCCUCGUCGCACACGAAGCUGGCCGGCGAAAAGUUCACCAACAACCAGCAGUGCGAGCUGGUGUUCGGCAACGGGUCGCGCAUCUGCUCGUACAUGCCCGUCUGCGAGCGGCUCUGGUGCAACAACGGCGACGAGCUGCUCGGCUGCCGGACGCAGCACAUGCCCUGGGCGGACGGAACUAGCUGCGGCGAGAACCAGUGGUGCCAGAAGGGCCAGUGCGUGCACGUGAACCGGAAGGCGCUGCAGCCGCAGGACGGCGGCUGGGGCCAGUGGAGUCCGUUCAGCGAAUGCAGUCGAAGUUGUGGCACUGGGGUUCAGAUAUCUACGCGAGUCUGCGACUCGCCACCGCCGGCCAAUGGUGGAAAGUACUGCACUGGGAUGCGGAUGCAGUACCGAUCGUGUAGCACGCACGAGUGUCCGAACAGUGCGCUGGACUACCGGGAGGAGCAGUGCCAGGAGCUGGACGGAAACAACUUUGAAAUUCCCGGCCUGGAGAAGAACGUCAAGUGGGUUCCGAAGUACGGCGUCAAAUCCGAAGAUCAGUGCAAGUUGUACUGCCGGGUUAAGAACUCCAACAACUACUUCCUGCUGCGGGACAAGGUCAGGGAUGGGACCGCCUGUGCCCAUCCGCACGAGUCGUACGACAUGUGCAUCAAUGGGCACUGCCGGAAGGCGGGUUGCGAUUACGUGUUCGAAUCGGAUGCCAAGCUGGACAAGUGUGGCGUCUGUCGGGGUAGCAACGAUACCUGCAGCGACGUCAACGGGGUGUUCCCGCACAGCAACAUUCACUACAUGAAGAAGACGUUUGGAUAUGUGCAGAAGAUCGUGCGAAUUCCUCGUGGCGCAACGAAUAUUGUGCUGAUCCAGCGAGGAUACAAGGAUGACGGGAACUACUUGGCUCUGCGCGACGAAGACAACGAGUACAUCUUCAACCCGCCCAAGAUCCCGAUCAUCCCGGGCUUGAAGAAGCGCCUCUUUGCCGGCGUCAUGCUCGAGUACAACGGUCCGGACGAGCCGAUCGAGACCAUCCAGUCGGACUUUGGACGGCCGCUGAAACGAGAUCUGAUCGUGGAGAUUUACUCGCACAACAAGAUGCGUCCCGUCAGCGAGAACAUUGUCGAGUACAGCUUCACGAUCCCAAUUGAUCGAUACCAGCCGCAGCAGCAGGUUCAACAAGUGUCCAAGGCGACGCCGAUUUAUACGCCACAGUACCCUAGCCAGAACAGCAUUCCGAACUACCAGUGGAAGAUGUCCGACUGGAGCGAGUGCGAUCAAAGCUGCUACGGACGACGACACCGAACGGCCGGAUGUUACGACAUCGAGACGGGCAAGGAAAAGUCAGGCUCGUUCUGUAGAAACAGUGCGAAACCUCAGCAAGACAACGAACCGUGCAACAUGGAGUGCAAGUUUGAAUGGGAACCAUUGAGUUCCGAAUGCUCCAACAGCUGCGGCGAGGGCGUCAAGCACAUCAAGUACCAGUGCAUCCAGCGGUUCCUCAAGUCCCAGCAGACGAACCCCGUCGACUCGACGUUCUGCUCAAACAUCCCCACACCCCGAACGAUGGAAAAGUGCCACGGAACGUGUCCGGAUGCGACCUGGAGCUACGGCGACUGGGAUAUGUGUUCCCGCACGUGUGGUGGUGGCCGUCAGAACCGCUCCGUUGCCUGUCUGUCCGCGCCGAACGGGUCGUCGAUCGCCGAGAGCUUCUGCGCCAAGCUGCCGCGGGAGGAAACGUACCGGGCCUGCAAUACCGACAGCUGCCCCGAGUGGCUCACAGGAGAACUGACACCGUGUUCGGUGACCUGUGGAGAAGGCCAACAGCGGUAUGCUAUCCACUGUGUACUAAACAAUGUAAGCGUUAACGCGGCUUUAUGUGGCACCCGGCCGGUGGCCGUGCUCGUCAACUGUACCAUGCCACCCUGCGAGAAGAAGCAAGAAUCCACGUACGCUUACUCGGGCGAGGAAACCAGGCCCUCGGUCAUACGGCAUUCCGACAACAAUCACGAGUACGCAUCCCGCAACGACAUCAGCUUCAGCAACGCGUCGCAAUCUCUGCAGCAGCCCCAUCCGUACAAGUGGUGCAAGGGCGUUUGGACGCCGUGUAACGCCAAGUGUAACGGGGGCACGCGCUGGCGUAAGGUGCAGUGCUGCCAUACGGACAACGAGUCCGCCACCGUGAACGAUCGGUACUGUCACCACGAGAAAAAGCCGAUGGAGAAGACCAACUGCGGCAACUUCCGGUGCCCGCAGUGGAACUUUGGCCAGUGGGGCGAGUGCAAUGACGAUUGCAAGCGCUACCGCCAGGUGCUCUGCCAAGACCACCGCGGCAAGGAAAGUAACGAGUGUCCCCUGAACCAGAAACCACCCGAGGUGGAGUCGUGUUGCCACUUCCGAUGGAGGAUUACUAACUGGAAGCCUUGUAAUGUGACGUGCGGUGGUGGCGACGGUUACCGUACCGGCGAGCGUGUCUGUAUGCGUCUGUUCCCGAAGUCCGCCGACAAUCCGCACCCGGUCAAAACGGGCCGCAAGGUCGACGCCAAGAACUGUGCCCACGUCAAGAUCCCCCCGGCCAAGAAGCUGGUCCGCAAGUGCAAACCCUGCCAGUUCCGGUGGGAGGUUUCCCCGUGGUCAAAGUGCAAGUGCGACGGCUUCCAGCGCCGGUCGGUCAAGUGCUACGACGAGAUCACCAAGACGGAGUCGAUCCGCUGCCCGGAGACGCGCCCCUACCAGAAGCGCAAGUGCGAACCGGCCCAGGACUGCCGCCAGCGGUACAGCAAGUCGGUCGCGUUCAGCUGUGCGGACGUGCAGCGCAUCCGGCGGACGCGUGCCGAUGGCGAGUACACGCUGAGCGUGCAGGGCCGCCCGGUGUCGGUGUACUGCCACAACAUGACGAGCAACGCGCCGGCCGAGUACGUGACGCUCAAGUCGGGCCUGGUCGAAAACUACGCCAUCUACAUCAACCGGCGGGCGGCGAACGCCGGCGUUUGCGCGCCCUCGUCCGCGGACUGGGUCGACGAGAGCAUCAGCUACGGCGCGACGCACUACCGCAAGAUCCGGCUCAACAUCGGGACGCUGCAGGUCGUCGAGGACGACCACCGGUUCACCGACCGGUCGGGCCAACCGCAGGCGUUCGGUUCGGCGGGCGACUGCUACAGCAACACCGGCCUCUGCCCGCAGGGUGACUUCUCGAUCAACCUGGAGGGGACGCCGUUCCGGAUACGGCCCCGCACCCAGUGGGAAACCAAGGGCCAGAACGCGGUCAUACACUUUUUGAUACGGUUGGAAGCACCGUACAAAAAGGUUCGGGCACGUUGCGGCGGCUACUGCGGCACCUGUUCGGUGUCCCGAAAUGGAUUGUUCCUAGAGUUGGAGUAAGACUAAGUGAUCAUCAACCGCGCAAAACGCACACCACGAACGAGGUCAUUUUUGCGUUUGCUAAUAAAACGCAUUUUGAAAAACAAAUGAACCUAACAGAGCUGCCACUGACAAAACACUAGGUGCCAACAAAACUCACACACACACACAUUUAGUUUAGUUUUAUAAGAAGCCCUGAAAAGUAUUUAUUUGAACUUUACCGAACACUAUAGUCGUGCUUCAAGUGUAGAAACAGCAUAUUUUCUAGAACUUAAUGCUCUGGGAAAGAAUUACCCUUAAGAAAGCAUGGAUUGCGGGAGCCACUGCGAAGUGGAUCGAUCGUCGCUGCCAAUCGAAUAGCAACUAAAGACUGACCGAGAAAGGAAUCAUAAUUUGUAACGAGUAAUCUAUUGCUAUAGGUGCAGGCAGGCAGACUGGUUCGGUCCACUUCCAGUCCGCUUCCGGUCCCCGAUUGUGUCCCGUGGUUCAGUUUUAUUGAGCCGAAGAGAGCAAUCCGGCAGCUUUUGAUAUUACUUUUGGUGUCUCUAUAAUCGGCUAGCAUUAACCGCAACAUACUUCCGUGUGCUUCCAUUUUAGUUAGUUGCACGUGCUUGCAGUUUCCAUUGUUCCAAUUUUCUGUUGACUAUUUUUUUCAAACGGUGCCUCGAACAUAACUAUAACGAAAGUGCUUUCCAUCGUGACGUUUUUUAGAAGUUUACCAAAGUACAAAAUUUCUGUAAUCUCAAACUUUAGGUGCGACGAAAAUACUCAAAUUUAGCAAUACGAACACGAAAACACUUCACACACACACACGCCCUACUUAACCUUAUAUUGAAAUUAGUAUUAUACAUCAACUCCGGAAGUCGAUCGAUUAUUCUAAAAUACGCUAGUAUAGAACAAUUUCCUGAAUCCGGCUAAAAACGAAUCCGUGCACAAAACGAUGAAUGAGUCCCCUUUGUGCGAACAAACAGGUCCGUUAUUCAACACCAAAAAAAUUGUGAACAACUUUCUUAACAAACCUAGAACUAUUUUCCAUCCGAAUAAAAAAAAACACACAAAUCUUUAAUUAGUGAAAAUUGGAGCUUAGGAUUUAGAGAAGAAAUCUACUACUUUUAAACGACAAUCUGCCACCGUCAACAAACGUCAACUUUAGAGCAACAACAAAAAAGUACCAACAAGGAAGCCGCAAACUGCCAUACUUAGCUGUAGUUUAUAUUAUUUUCGUUCUCUUAAAAAAAACAAAGUUUUAGUGUGUUUGUAAAAUUUAAAAAAUCCACAAACGUUUAGAGCAAACUACUGUGUAGCCCGCGCGCAGCAGCGAUCGGAAAAAGUAUUAUUAAAUUGCAAGAAGAAGAAAACAAAAGAGGGGCAAAACCAAACUGCAUUUGUAGCCACCCGGCAUACUGUAGAAGAAAAAAGAAGAUGAAAAACAAACGUCUAGAAUAAACCAAUUCAUGCAAUCACUUAUCGAGCCCAGAACCGCGUUUGCUGGAGUCAAAGUCAAACUGCCAAGUGAUUAUAGGAUUCGUAAACCGCACGCGCUUUACAGUUGGUCCCUUUUUAAUGUACAUAUUUUAACUCCUAAGCAACAAUUCAAUUGGAUAUACGCUUAAUACGAUUUGUUUUACUGUUCAAAAAUUGCAAACCAUCAUUCGGUGCGGUUGUAAGAAAGAAAAACGGAACUUUUUACACAUGUUUUUGAGAAGAAACAACACUUUAAUAAAGCAAAAACUAUUAUUUAUUACAAGUUGCAAACAUUAAACAUAGCUGUAAGCUCGAACACGUAUGACCCUAAACCGCAAUGUACUACUCUAACGUGCCGAUACUCCCACUCAACAAAUGCAUUUGUGUAAAGAA